CGUCAUUUUUAUUUAUUAUUUUUUUAUUUUUAACAAAGUCAUUUUGUUAAAAAAUAUUUGAUUUUAUUAUUGUGAGCUUUAUGAAAUUACCAGAAUCAUUUCAUGAAACUAUUUUUCUUUUUUUGGAGUCAGGUCUUAUAUUAGGAAGUUAAGGUGUAAUAUUAUUAACUAAUAUAGUUUAUUCUGCUCUUUUUUUAGGUUUUGUUUUUGUUUGUAUAUCGUUAUUAUAUCUUUUAUUAAAUGCAGAUUUUGUGGCUGUCGCACAAAUUUUAAUUUAUGUAGAAGCUGUUGAUGUAUUAAUUAUUUUUGCUGUUAUGUUAAUAAACAAAAAACAAUAUUCAAUUAUUUUUUUUUCUUGGACAAUAGGUGAUGGUAUUACUUUAACUCUUUGUACAAGUAUUUUUUUAAUAUUAAAUAAUAUUAUUUCUAACACAUCAUGGUCUAAAAUAUUUUUAAUGACAAAACCUAAUUUAGUAGUAAAAGAUAUUAUAUUAAUAAAUACAGUUAGGCAUAUUGGUUCGGAAUUUUUAACUGAAUUUUUACUUCCAUUUGAACUUAUGUCAAUAAUUCUUUUAGUUGCUUCAAUAGGUGCUAUUACCUUAGCUCGUCGUGAAAAAAAAACUGAAUUAGAAAAAAACGAUUUUCCAAAUUUUUGAAUACUAUUUUAAUAAACAAUUUCAUAAAAUGAAAAAUUUUAGGGAAGUUUUUAUGCUUGAACAUAUAAUUACUUUAAGUGCUUUUUUAUU